GCGGCCGAGGCGCGGAGGAUCGCGGCGGGCGGUGAGGCUCCCCCGGUGCGGCCGCGCCGCUCCCGGUAUCUGUCGGCGCAGCGUAACCGCGGGCCCCGGCCACCCCCGGUUCCCUUCCCUCGGUACCCCCUGAACAGGCCCGCCAGGCCCUGGGAUUCCCACUGCUCCCCAGGCAGCACGGCUCUCCCCUAGUCCUUGUGUAUUCUCUCCACCCCUUCAUGCUGCGCCCGCCCCCAGCGGAGCCCAAGUCAACAAAAGCUCCAAGGUCCUGUCCGGUCCCCGCUCGUGGGGUUGUGGGCUCCGCUCCUUACCACGUCCGUUCGCUGCCGCUCUGCACUCACCAGCCCAGAUCCCAGCCCAGCUCACCUGUCCCGAGCCCUCCAGCGGGGUCCCCUUGCCCGAGGGUACCCUCUCUGUCUCUGGGGGUGCCCUCUGUGCUCCGGGGGUGCCGCUGUCUGCCGAGGGUGCCCUCUGCCCGCAGAGCCCCUGGCGCCAUGGGGGAGCCGCGGUUCCUGCAGGCCGAGUGCGCGUUCCGGCCCGGGGCACACACGGUGCGGGUGACCCUGACCCGCACCGCGUUGCGGGUGGAGGUGGAGGCUCACGGCACCAGCGACCUGUGGAGGGGCGAGUUCGAUGCCGCCUUCAUCGAGGACCUGACCCGCAAAACGGGGAAUUUCAAGCAGUUUGGCAUUUUCUGCAGCAUGCUGGAGUCGGCACUGACACAGAGCAGCGACUCCGUCAGCCUGGAGCUCCUCACCUUCGCCGACCUGGAGACCCUGCAUAGCCGGAAAGUGGGAGCAGUCACCCGGCCUCCCCCUUCCACCUCUUCCCCCCUCAACUCCAAGCGCUACCUCAUCCUCAUCUACUCUGUGGAGUUCGAUAGGAUCCACUACCCACUGCCACUGCCCUACGCGGGGCGGCCGGACCUUGUGGCGCUGGUGCGGGAGCUGCAGGAGCAGCUGGGGCAGCUCCGGGCCCGGCGCCUGGAGGAGACGCAGCACUUGCGGGACGCGCUGUGGAAGGCACUGGAGGAGAAGCGGGCGGCAGAGACCCGGCACCAGCGCGAGUACCGGCAGCUGGCUGCAGAGCUGGCCCAGGCAAAAGCGUCAGAGCAGAAGCUGCAGCUGCGGGUGAAGAACCUGACAGCUGAACUGGCCUCCUGCAGGAGGGGCCGCCAGAAAUCUGCCAGCCCGGCCCCACGUGCCCAGGAGCGACGCUCAGCAUCCCUGGAGAGCCACAGGAGCAGCCGGGGCCACCCCUCGCCGAAGUCCCUGUCGCCUGCAGGCUCUCGCCCACCACGCUUCGACCCCACUGCCUUUGUCAGGGCCCGCCAGCGCCGGCAGAAGGAGGCUGAACUCAGAAACCAGCGGCGUGGAGUGGCUUCUGGCAGCAGCAGCCCGGCGAGGAGCCACAGGCGCAGCUCGUCUGCUGAUAGCUCCCGGAGCUGGCGCCUGGGAGGGAGCCCUGGCAGCAAAGCCCAUGAGCACCCCGAGCCCGUGCCCUGCAGGGACAGGAGAGUGACCCGUACACGGAGGCCCCUGAGCACCUCGCUCUGCAAUGGCCCCUGUACGGUGCCUCGCCCAGCUGCCAGCCACAAGCUGCCAGUCUGCAGGACUGCUGCCAAGCGCCCUGGUAAAGAGAACCUCUCCAAGGAGCCCUCAGCUGAACUGGCCGAGAUCGAUGCCCGGCUGCAGGCUCUGCAGGAGUACAUGGACAGCCUGAACACCCGCAUGUGACCCCCUCCAGGGACACACGCCCUCUCCCUGUGUCCUCUGGAGUUUUGCUACAAGUGUCCCCCCCAAAUAAACCCUUAUCUGGCCCCA